AUGAGCGACCUUACCGACAAGCAAGGAAACGAAAUUGAAGUUGGAGACACAGUAUCCAUGAACUAUCGAGCUGGAAAGAUGGAGGGCAAGGUUGACGAAAUCUUGUCUACCGAGGACGACGUUGCCAACUCGGAUCUCAACGUCAAGAACCCGCCGAAGGUCGUGUUCACCAACCAGAACAACAAGCAGAGUGGGCACAACCCUGGUACUCUGACCGAUCUCGAUAAGGAGUAG